AAAAAAGAAAAAAAGGGAGAAAUUUCAUGCGAUUUCUGCGCCCUCUCCUUCGGCGUCUUCGCUACUCUCCACCAGCGAGCCCCGAUACGACCAGCCCUCCCGCCGGCGCCGCCGCGAGCCGCGGGCCAUGUACAAGCUCGGCGGCCGUGGCGGUGGGCGCGGCGGCGGUGGCGGUGCGUCAAAGCGCCCGCCGGCCCCCCACGGCCGCGGCCGGGGCGGCACCUCCUCCAUCAGUGGGAUGGGCGCCCCUCCCCGCGGUCGCGCCGCCGCCUCCUCCGCUGCCGCCGCGCAGCCGGCGGGGCGUGACGAGGCGUUCCGCCUGGAGUCCAGCGGGCCGCCCGCCUUCGCUGCUAUAAUACGGCUGACCCCCGACCUCAUCGACGAGAUCCGGCGGGCGGAGGAGGCUGGUGGCGGCGCCCGCAUCAAGUUCAACCCUAACAUGUACAACUCGUCGGAGAACGUUAUAGAUGUUAAUGGUAAAGAAUUCAAAUUCACAUGGGCAUCUGAACGCGGCGAGUUGUGUGAUAUUUAUGAGGAACGUCAGAGUGGAGAGGAUGGAAAUGGGUUGCUUCAAGAGUGUGGCUCUGCUUGGCGCAAGGUGAAUGUGCAACGCAUUUUGGAUGAGUCAGCAAAGAACCUUGUGAAAAUGCGCUCUGAGGAGGCUGAACGUCUCUCGAAAUCUCGAAAAUCAAUCGUGCUGGACCCAGCUAAUCCAUCUGUCAAGAGUCAGGCCAAGUCAAUGGCUGCUGCAGCUGUAGAAGGUAGUAUGCGGAGGAUGCACUGGAAGCAGAAGAAUGAAUUUUUUAAAAAGAAUAAAGCUGCUGUUAUCGCCCCGACCAAAUCAGUUUCCAAAGUGAAGUUAUCUAACAAUAUUCCCAAAGGAAAUUUCUCAACUUCUCCUGCACCUUCUCCUGAACAACCUGGAGCGAGUAUUCCUUCAUUUCCUCUUGGAUCAGAUGCAAAUAAUGAAGUCAUAACACCUUUUGAUUUGAAUAAAGAGGAGAACAAUAAAACUGAGAAAGCAACACCAAGUAAGAUGUCUAAAGGAAUAAAUCGCCGAGCAAGUGUUCAUUCUGCAAGUGUUGAUGACAAUACAAAUGAAGUGCGGAGCCUCUUGAUAUCUAUACUCUCAGAAAAUCCAAAAGGAAUGAGCCUAAAGGCUUUGGAGAAAGCUGUUGCAGAUGUAUUUCCUAACACAUCGAAGAAAAUAGAGAGCAGCAUCAAGAAUAUUGCAAAUUACCAAGCACCUGGGAGGUAUGUGCUCAAACCAGGGUUGGAGGUAGAAAACUCUAAAAGGCAUGCAUCUGAAGAGGGAAGAUCCAUCAACGAGAACGUUGAUGAAUUUCCUCCAAGCUUAAAGAUUGACGAUCCUGAUAUAUUUGAGAGUAUUGAUGUUGUGGGCUCCCCAGCUGCUACUGCAGGAGAUGAAAAGGUCAAUAAUGGCAGUGAAGAUAAGGCAGGAACUUCUAGUGAGAGUGCAAGCGAUAGCGAUAGUGACAGUGACAGCAGUGACAGUGGAAGUGAUAGUGGGAGUCAAAGCAGAAGUGCCGCAGAAAGUGGCAGCGGGAGCAGCAGCGACAGUGAUAGUGAUGCUUCAUCGAGCAGCAAGGAAGGCUCUGAUGCAUUUGUGGAUAUUACAAGUGAUGACGACAAAGCAAAUACAGCACAAACAAAAGUUGCAGAUGAUCUUAAUUUGUCGUCGUCACCGAGAGAUUUGACAAGACUUGAUGUCGAUGAUGAACAGAUCGACAUUGGAACAAAUAUGGAUUAUAGGACUACAUCACCGCAUAUUGAUUUGAACAAUUUUAAUACUAAUAAUGAUGAUGCAGAAUCCGAUGGCUUGGCUGCAGGCAACCUGAAGAAGCCAUCUCAAAUUCCAGGGAGCAAGAACCUGCCAAGCAACAGAAUGGAGCCUAGCCGAGUUGAUAGCAAGUAUAAUGAAAUGUCUUAUCAAGAAGACCUUUUUGAUGACUCCUUGCGAACAACUAGUGAGAUACCCAACGAAGAAGCUGGUCAAUUCACAAAGCAGCAUCCUAACAGGAGAAAGUCAACAUCAAAGGAUGGAUCAAACCACGGCCCCAUGAGUAUUGGGGACAAAAGUGCCAAACCCAAAUUGAGAAGGUCUUCCGGUAAUGAGAACUCCACAAUAGAGCUUGAAAGUGGCAAAAAGGUCAAGGUUGAUGCAGCAUCUCCAGUCAUUACAGGUUCUUUCUCAGAUCAUAAAAAAAGCUUACUGCCUGAAAAACAUACGAAUGAUAGGUUGAACAAGGAGACAGGGAGUGUUAGCCGCAUUGCUUCACGAGAUAGCAGUCCUGCCAUGAAAGGAAGACCUUUGGCUUCUGGAAAUAUACAAAAGACAGAUCAGAGCCCAAAUGUACCUAUCCCAGCAAUGCACUCUGAGAGACCAAAAGAAAAUAUUGAGAAAUCAAGUCUGAAGAAAAAAGCAGAUAAGAUGCAGAAACCAUGGCAUGGUACCGAUGUUGACUUUGGGACACAUGGUGAAGGCCAACAUGCCAAUUUUGAUGGCUCGGAUGAUUCUUCCACAAGAAAAAGGAGUAGACAUGGGGAUUCUCUUAUUGAUGAGAAAAUGCUCAAGCGUUCAAAAGAUGCUAAUGUUAAUAUAAAUUCCAUGAAUUUAACCAAAACUUCCAGUGGAAAUGUUGGGCCUGAUGAGAUCACUGCUUGUCCUGAACCCAAUGAAAUUAAUGGUGAGCUAUCAACUUUGCAAAGAGAUAAUUUUGAGAGGUCACCUUAUGGUAAGAAAAAACUCCAGAGAGAGCUUUCAGAUCUCGAAUUGGGUGAACUUCGCGAGUCUUCUUUGGAAAAUGACAAUGGGAGGACAAGGAAGCAAUUUGAGAGAAAUAGUUCUUCCAAGUCACUUGAUGGUAAAUUAACUGACAUAAAUAACUCCCACUCCAGUAUGAAUAACAGGAAGGCUCAUGUAACCGGGUUUCAUGACAAGGGGAAACCAUCACCUCAAGAAUAUGGUAUUGGAGGUCAUAUAAACCAGGAAGCCUUUCCCAGGAAGGCAGCAGGAUAUGAUUUUGAUGAUAAUAGGCCUCAGCAAAGAGGAAAUGUUCCAGAGAAUCAGCAUUUUCCAAGGACCGAUCAUUCAGAUUCUGAGAACAUAUCAUAUAGGUCAGGUGAAAAAACAAGCAAAAAGGAGUCAAGGACGGCACAAGGUGGAAUGCUAGAGUAUCCAGAUAUGAAGAAGAAAACAACCUCACGGCUUCCACAGAAUGGUAUUAAUAAUGCCAUAGUGUCUCGGACACAGAAAUCAAUUUCCCCAUCAGAUAAUGAGGAAAGAAGUAGGAACAACUCUUUGAUUGAGACCGAGACAGGUAGGAAGAGAGACAGUUCUUCAGAUGACGAUAACUUAUUUUUCUCCAAGUAUGAUAAAGAUGAGCCAGAACUGAAGGCUCCAAUAAAAGAUUUCUCACAAUACAAAGAUUAUGUGCAGGAGUACAAUGAGAAGUAUGAGGCUUAUUCAUACUUGAACAGUCAGAUUGAGAAAACUAAGUCUGAAUUCUUAAAGGUUCAAGAGGAUCUCAAUGUUGCUAAAGAAAGAGACAAGGAACAAUAUUAUAAUAUUGUAGAAAGACUCAGAGACAUGUACCGUGAAUCAGGAGCAAGGCAUAAAUUGAUGAAAAAGGUCUUCGUAUUGCUUCAUGAGGAGCUGCAGACUAUAAAGCAAAGAAUUAGAGACUUUACAGAGGCCUAUUCAAAUGAGGCGUUUGGAACUGCUUUAUGGAGGCUGUCACUCAUUGUGAAGUCCAAGAAUCCGGAGAUGGACGCGGAGGAGAAGCUUCGGUGGCCCUUCUCGGACGGCAGCGUCACCGAUCUCCUCGACGCCCGCAGCCUCCACGGCUCCCCCGACAUUAGGAAAAGAGUGCAAUUUCAUUCUUCUCUAGUGCAAAAGCUUGCUUUGGAAAAGGAGAUGGAGGGUCACAUAGGUUGUGUGAAUGCUAUUGCAUGGAAUUCGAAUGGUUCGCUUCUCAUAUCAGGAUCAGAUGAUACUAAAAUUAACAUCUGGAGUUACAACAAUCGGGAGCUGUUGCAUGAUAUUGACACUGGACAUUCUGCAAAUAUCUUUUGCACAAAAUUUGUCCCAGAAACAUGUGAUGAAGUAGUAGUCUCUGGAGCAGGAGAUGCAGAGGUUCGUGUUUUCAAUAUGUCUCGUUUAAGUGGCAGAAGGCCUAGAGAAAUUUCUAUGGAGCCAGCAGCAGUUUACCAGUGUCAUUCAAGAAGGGUCAAGAAAUUAGCUGUUGAAAUUGGCAACCCAAAUGUAGUGUGGAGCGCAAGUGAGGAUGGUACUCUGAGACAGCAUGAUUUUCGGGAGUGUAGUUCCUGUCCUCGUGCAGGAUCUGCUAAUCAGGAAUGCCGCAAUGUGCUUCUUGAUCUACGUUGUGGAGCAAAGAAGUCUUUAGCUGAUCUGCCCAAAUGUCCAUUGGCACUGAAGUCUUGUGAUAUUAGCUCUGUUCGUCCCCAUGAAAUUGUUAUUGGUGGGAGUGAUGCAUUUGCCAGGCUGUAUGAUAGGAGAAUGCUACCGCCAUUGAGUUCAUGUCAAACCAAAAGGAAGCCGCCACCAUGCAUUAAAAUGUUCUGCCCAUUGCAUCUUGCUGACAAUAAGAAAGCAUAUUUGCACCUUACACAUGUUGCAUUCAGCCCAAAUGGGAAGGAGGUGCUUUUAAGUUACAGCGGUGAACAUGUUUAUCUAUUUGAUGUUGACCCAGGUAGUACGAGUUCAGUGAGAUACACAGCUGAUUAUGUACGAGAGCAAUUAUGUCUACCCCCUUUUCACAAAGUACCAGCAAAAGGACGUGCAAAACAAAGGAAGAUUUCAGUGAACACAACUUCCAGAAAAUUGAGGGUAGAUAUGUGCAGGAAAUUUAUGCAAGUUGCGACAAGAUCUCUGGAGAUGGGAAAGAACUUAAUGCAUGGGAUUGACGCAUGCAGUGAAGUACUUGAAUCAGUGGGACCUGACAUUGACGACAACAUAAGGCAUGAUUGCUUGUGUACUCGAGCAGGAUUGUACCUAAAGAGGAAGUGGAAAAAUGAUGUUUACAUGGCAAUUCGGGAUUGCAACAGAGCGCGGAAUAUUGAUCGCACAUCCUAUCAAGCACACUUAUAUAUGUCAGAGGCACUAUUACAGUUAGGAAGACUGAGGGAGGCCUCCGAAUAUGCAGAAGCAGUAAAUAGACUUCUUCCGCCACAUUCUGAAUUGAAGCGGCAGGUGGAUGAUAUAAAGCAGCGUGUUGCUUCAGCUGAACUUGAGAAGAACAGAACGGAUCAGAAUGGGAAUGCUAAAGCUGAUACACAUGGGAAAUUACGCUCAUUGAGUGAUAUAUUGAUUAGAUCUCAUGUCAGUGGUUCUACGUCACAGGAGGGACGGGAAGAUUCAGACUACGAUGAUGAAAUGGAAUUAGACUAUGAGACAUCAGUAUCGGGUGAUGAAAGUCGAGAAAAUGAUCAAGGUGUCUUUAGGGGUAGUUUAAGUUUCAGAUUUCAUCAAAGAGAGGAUCAAACCAAUGAACACGCUGGUGAGAAUGGAUCGACUGAGUCCACUCACAAUGAUGAUUCUGCCUUCCAGUCGGAUGUUGCCAUUGAUAUGAAACAAAGAUAUGUUGCACACUGCAAUGUGGGGACAGAUAUAAAACAAGCUAGCUUUCUUGGCGAGCAAGGGGAGUUUAUUGCCAGUGGAAGUGACGAUGGUAGAUGGUUCAUAUGGGAGAAGAGAACAGGAAGGCUUAUUAAAAUGCUUGCAGGGGAUGUUGCUGUUGUGAACUGCAUACAGUCUCAUCCCUUUGAUUGCGCUGUUGCAACAAGUGGAAUCGAUAAUACAAUAAAGCUAUGGACACCCGAUGCAAAUGCUACAUCUAUGGUUGCUGGACCAGAACUUGAUGUAUUGAGUGCCAUAGAGAAUAAUCAGCGGAAGUUAUGUCGGAACCGUCAAAUUUUGCUGCCUUUUGAAUUUUUGGAACAAUUUCGGAUGCAUGAGAUUGCUGAAGGUUUCGAGUGUGCCCAGAGUUGAUUUGCUAUUGCUAGAGUUGCUGAGCUUUCCAGAAAAUUUGAACAGUUGGGAAAGUGGUUACAUCCAAGGUACAAGAAGCCCAUGUUUCGACAUGAAUGGAAUCAUAAUGUUAGCAUGGAUUGAUCAUGAUAGUGGCACCUGGUUAGAUAAGCAGGUGUUGGCAGUGCGGGAAUUAUUACUUGAGAUGUCAAUAAAUAAUGCAAUUAUGUUGUGGUUUGGGAGGGUAUAAUGAUUCAUACAUGUAAUGUGGUGGAUUCAUCCCCUUGUAUAGAUUGUAGAUAGAUGAAGUUGUGCAAUAAGUGAAAAUCACCGAUGUGCGUUCUUUUCUCUGCGUGCCGCCUGUAGGUGAUUUUAUUCUCUGGUUGUCGAUGGCCGAUGGGAAUGUGUUUCGUUCCCUUGUGGAAGCUGUAACUGUAAUGUUGUAUAGUGCUGCAGCUUUCGCUUCUGCAGCGUUUUUGACGUAUGAUGAACAGUUAAUCCA